GGCCAAAGUUGAAAGUUUACCAUGCCCGAUGUGAAGAACGAAAGCAUGCACACCGAUGUGGCCAAGUUUAUUAAAUUCGUUAAAAUGUAACGUUAUCUUGUUGUGUUUGUGUUAACGUUUGAAUAUGUCUUUAAGGAAGGCGCAUGCUUCAAAUCAAAAAUUGAACCAUUUGAUCUACCAGUAUUUAAAAGAGAAUGGCUUCCAGAAAGCUGCAGAAGAACUCAAGAAGCAUGUGAAGAAGGGUGGAGAACCAGAAGCCUUGUCAACAUCACUACUGGAGAUCUACAAUAAAUGGUUCGGAGAUACUUCCAAGACCACAGAAAAGGGAACAGAACCAGAUUCUUCCAAGUUAAAAAAGAACUGUCAAGCAGACCCUGAAAGCAGCACAGAGAGCUCAAGUUCAGCAGAGGAAGAAACAAACCCUGUGAAAGGCUCCCAGACCCCAAAGCAUCAGAGCCCAGCUACUGCCAGACCAGCUAAGGGCAGGGCUGCAGUGCAGAGCACCUUUGGAGGAAAGGCCACAGUGGGGGAGAGCUCUGGGUCUGACAGCUCAGAGGUCUCUGAAGACUCAGAGAGUAAGGAGACACCACCACAGAAAAUCCCUGUGACACCCAAAGCCAAUCAUGUUCCAGCUGCAAAGGUCAAGGCCAGGUCUGCGGUCACACCAUUGACCCUGAACAAGAAACCAGCAGAGAGCUCAGACAGUGACAGCAGCUCAGGGAGUGAAGAUGAGAGCCAGAGUCUGCUUCCACAGACAACAGCUGCCACAACUAAAGCUACACCAGUGAAGCAACCAAAACCAAGUUCAACAGCCAAGACAAAAGACACUCCUGCUACCCCAGCUAAACCAGUGGUUGCUGCUACGCCAAGCAAGGCACCAUCUACUGCCCCAGCCUCACCAAAAGGAAAGAAGGUGACCACAAAAGACAAGAAAGCAACCGCAACAAAGAAAGCACAGGCCUCAGCUUCAUCAGCCAAGAGGAAGAGAUGUGAAGAGAAACCAGGGGACAUGCCCGCUAAUGACAAGAGGAAGAAGCCCUCCCCUCCACAGGUGGAGACUGUCAUGGUCGCCAUGCCUCAGACCCCUCCUGUUCCUCCUCCUACUGGGGGAGACGAGUCUGACUCAGACUCUGACACCGAACUGGAUGUGGAGAAGUGGAAGAAACUGGCACGGGAACUGUCAGACGCUGAUAUUGCCAAAAUAGACACCAUCACUGCACUGAAUGCUCCACCUGCUCCCACCUCACCUGCCUCAGCAGCAAAGAAAACAAGAGCACCGAGGAAGCCCAGGGCUAAAUCUGCACUGGAAACACCCCCCAAUCCCAGGGCCAAAUCUGCAACGAAAACCCCAAAACCCAAGGCUGACGCUGCAGUGAAAAAGUCUGGUCAUGGUAAAAAGGUCAAAGCUACAACUGAAAAAAAAGCCAUGGCUGAGGAGAAUGGGAAGACCAAGACACCAGCAAUAGACAGUAAAGCCAAGUCUAGUCAAGUGAAGAAGGCAGCACCUCCCUCCCCAUCCCCUGAAGGCCAAGCAGAGGAGAUCAACAGUAAUACAGCUGACCUAAUAGUUGUAGCAAACAAACAGCCACCCUCCAUGCUCUCUACCACAACACUUAAUAGAAAACAGACAGCCAAGAAAGGAAAGAGGAAAAAUGGGAACAUUAGUAAGGCUAAAGCAGAUAAGAAUCUACCAGAACCCAAGAAGAAGAAAAAGAAAAAGGAGAUUGUAGAGGAGAAGACGGAACCAGAGAAGAAGAAAAAGGAGAAGACGACUAAGGAGAAUGGGGCAGAAAAAGAGAAGGAAAGAAAGAAGAAACAGGAGAAGAUGAGCAGGGACAAUGAGACUGAGAAGAAACAGGAGAAGAUGUGCAGGGACAAUGAGACUGAGAAGAAACAGGAGAAGACGUGCAGGGACAAUGAGACUGAGAAGAAACAGGAGAAGAUGUGCAGGGACAAUGAGACUGAGAAGAAACAGGAAAAGAUGUGCAGGGACAAUGAGACUGAGAAGAAACAGGAGAAGACGUGCAGGGACAAUGAGACUGAGAAGAAACAGGAGAAGAUGAGCAGGGACAAUGAGACUGAGAAGAAACAGGAGAAGACGUGCAGGGACAAUGAGACUGAGAAGAAACGGGGAAAAGACAAGAACAAGACUAAAGGGAAUGGCGUUAAAAGUGACCCACUAACUCCACCCACCACAGGAACGCCUGAUCCUCCAACAGAGAAGAAGAAAAAGAAGAACAAGCUGAAACUCUCAGUGGAGAUUGCAGUGCCUGAGACUCCGGUCACCCCUGUACAGGCAUCCACAAAGACCCCUCCAAGAAAGAAAAAUAAAUCAUCUAAGAGUAAGUCAGGCCUUUAGAGAUGAAGGUCACCUACAAUGGGGCUGUGUCAAGUGUGGACCUGGACCCAGGAUUCUACUUAAAUGAUAGUUGAGCAAUAAUGGUAAAGACUGUCUGUCCACAUAAUGGUCUCCCUAGACCAAAUCGACUGGGCCCAGCUUUUCAAAAGUUAUCCGGAUUUCGCAUAUCGGGGAGGUUGAAAUGCAUAGAAAUAGAAUUAAUAGAACAGAAGUCCCAAUUCAAGUCAAUGAUUUGUCUGUCCUAUUCAUUCAAUUUCUAUGCAUUUAAUUGUAUCCGAUGGGCGAAAUCCAGAUAGAUAACGUUAGAAAAGCCGGGCCCUGGAGAUUUGUUCGAUUUUUUUUACAACAUUGUAUACUGUAUUAAAUGAACAUUUUUCCUGUUGGUACAUUUUAUUGAAGUUAAAACAUUGAUUUUUAUUAGUUUAUCCCCUCCAAAAUAAUUGUACAGUUUGCUGUUUUGCAUACUAUGUGAUGUGCUGCAGCUAUCUAUGUUACUGUACAUUUUAAUUAUGAUGUUUCCUUGCAUGUUUGUGUGAUAGUGACAAACAGAACGUUUUAAGGAAAUGUCAAGUUUACUAUAGCAUUAGCCCAUUCAUAGCCGCUAACUACCUUUAGGGCCUAUUGAUGAUAGUAACUUCUGACCGGGGGAGUUUUGUUAAGAGCCCCGACGCUCUUUCUGAAUGUGAACAUGCAUUGAAUUUUGAAACAUAAGGAACGUACACUACCGUUUAAAAGUUUGGGGUCACUUAGAAAUGUCCUUGUUUUUGAAAGAGAAGCACAUUUUUUGUCCAUUAAAAUAAUUUCAAAUUGAUCAGAAAUACAGUGUAGACAUUGUUAAUGUUGUAAAUGACUAUUGUAGCUGGAAACUGCAGAUUUUUUUAUGGAAUAUCUACAUAGGCGUACAGAGGCCCAUUAUCAGCAACCAUCACUCCUGUGUUCCAAUGGCAUGUUUUGUUAGCUAAUUCAAGUUUAUCACUUUAAAAUAGUAAUUGAUCAUUAGAAAACCCUUUUGCAAUUAUAUUAGCACAGCUGAAAUCUGUUGUUCUGAUUAAAGAAGCAAUAAAAACUUGAUUUUAUUGCUUUCAAAAACAAGGACAUUUCUAAGUGACCCCAAACGUUUGAACAGUAGUGUAUAUAUUCAUAUCAGUGAGAAGAAAAUAUACUUUAUAGGGUUAAGGUUCCUACACAGCCAUUUCUCCAUGUUACAGAGCUUGUUUAUGGAAAACAGAAGCGACUACCUGUGCUAAUUAGCUAUCUGCGUCUCCGAACACCUCAAAUCAAAUCAAAUGUAUUUAUAUAGCCCUUCGUACAUCAGCUGAUAUCUCAAAGUGCUGUACAGAAACCCAGCCUAAAACCCCAAACAGCAAGCAAUGCAGGUGUAGAAGCACGUGGUUAGGAAAAACUCCCUAGAAAGGCCAAAACCUAGGAAGAAACCUAGAGAGGAACCAGGCUAUGUGGGGUGGCCAGUCCUCUUCUGGCUGUGCCGGGUAGAGAUUAUAACAGAACAUGGCCAAGAUGUUCAAAUGUUCAUAAAUUACCAGCAUGGUCGAAUAAUAAUAAGGCAGAACAGUUGAAACUGGAGCAGCAGCACGGCCAGGUGGACUGGGGACAGCAAGGAGUCAUCAUGUCAGGUAGUCCUGGGGCAUGGUCCUAGGGCUCAGGUCCUCUGAGAGAGAGAAAGAAAGAGAAUUAGAGAGAGCAUAUGUGGGGUGGCCAGUCCUCUUCCGGGCUGUGCCGGGUGGAGAUUAUAACAGAACAUGGCCAAGAUGUUCAAAUGUUCAUAAAUGACCAGCAUGGUCGAAUAAUAAUAAGGCAGAACAGUUGAAACUGGAGCAGCAGCAUGGCCAGGUGGACUGGGGACAGCAAGGAGUCAUCAUGUCAGGUAGUCCUGGGGCAUGGUCCUAGGGCUCAGGUCCUCGGAGAGAGAGAAAGAGAGAGAGAAGGAGAGAAUUAGAGAACGCACACUUAGAUUCACACAGGACACCGAAUUGGACAGGAGAAGUACUCCAGAUAUAACAAACUGACCCCAGCCCCCGACACAUAAACUACUGCAGCAUAAAUACUGGAGGCUGAGACAGGAGGGGUCAGGAGACACUGUGGCCCCAUCCGAGGACACCCCCGGACAGGGCCAAACAGGAAGGAUAUAACCCCACCCACUUUGCCAAAGCACAGCCCCCACACCACUAGAGGGAUAUCUUCAACCACCAACUUACCAUCCUGAGACAAAGCUGAGUAUAGCCCGCAAAGAUCUCCGCCAUGGCACAACCCAAGGGGGGCGCCAACCCAGACAGGAUGACCACAUCAGUGAAUCAACCCACUCAGGUGACGCACCCCUUCCAGGGACGGCAUGAGAGAGCCCCAGUAAGCCAGUGACUCAGCCCCUGUAAUAGGGUUAGAGGCAGAGAAUCCCAGUGGAAAGCGGGGAACCGGCCAGGCAGAGACAGCAAGGGUGGUUCGUUGCUCCAGAGCCUUUCCGUUCACCUUCCCACUCCUGGGCCAGACUACACUCAAUCAUAUGACCCACUGAAGAGAUGAGUCUUCAGUAAAGACUUAAAGGUUGAGACCGAGUUUGCGUCUCUGACAUGGGUAGGCAGACCGUUCCAUAAAAAUGGAGCUCUAUAGGAGAAAGCCCUGCUUCCAGCUGUUUGCUUAGACAUUCUAGGGACGAUUAGGAGGCCUGCGUCUUGUGACCGUAGCGUACUUGUAGGUAUGUACGGCAGGACCAAAUCAGAGAGAUAGGUAGGAGCAAGCCCAUGUAAUGCUUUGUAGGUUAGCAGUAAAACCUUGAAAUCAGCCCUUGCUUUGACAGGAAGCCAGUGUAGGGAGGCUAGCACUGGAGUAAUAUGAUCAAAUUUUUUGGUUCUAGUCAGGAUUCUAGCAGCCGUAUUUAGCACUAACUGAAGUUUAUUUAGUGCUUUAUCCGGGUAGCCGGAAAGUAGAGCAUUGCAGUAGUCUAACCUAGAAGUGACAAAAGCAUGGAUUAAUUUUUCUGCAUCAUUUUUGGACAGAAAGUUUCUGAUUUUUGCAAUGUUACGUAGAUGGAAAAAAGCUGUCCUUGAAAUGGUCUUGAUAUGUUCUUCAAAAGAGAGAUCAGGGUCCAGAGUAACGCCGAGGUCCUUCACAGUUUUAUUUGAGACGACUGUACAACCAUUAAGAUUAAUUGUCAGAUUCAACAGAAGAUCUCUUUGUUUCUUGGGACCUAGAACAAGCAUCUCUGUUUUGUCCGAGUUUAAAAGUAGUAAGUUUGCAGCCAUCCACUUCCUUAUGUCUGAAACACAUGCUUCUAGCAAGGGCAAUUUUGGGGCUUCACCAUGUUUCAUUGAAAUGUACAGCUGUGUGUAAUCCGCAUAGCAUUGAAAGUUAACAUUAUGUUUUCGAAUAACAUCCCCAAGAGGUAAAAUAUAUAGUGAAAACAAUAGUGGUCCUAAAACGGAACCUUGAGGAACACCGAAAUUUACAGUUGAUUUGUCAGAGGACAAACCAUUCACAGAGACAAACUGAUAUCUUUCCGACAGAUAAGAUCUAAACCAGGCCAGAACUUGUCCGUGUAGACCAAUUUGGGUUUCCAAUCUCUCCAAAAGAAUGUGGUGAUUGAUGGUAUCAAAAGCAGCACUAAGGUCUAGGAGCACGAGGACAGAUGCAGAGCCUCGGUCCGAUGCCAUUAAAAUGUAAUUUACCACCUUCACAAGUGCCGUCUCAGUGCUAUGAUGGGGUCUAAAACCAGACUGAAGCAUUUCGUAUACAUUGUUUGUCUUCAGGAAGGCAGUGAGUUGCUGCGCAACAGCCUUUUCUAAAAAUUUUGAGAGGAAUGGGCCGAUAGUUUUUUAUAUUUUCUGGGUCAAGGUUUGGCUUUUUCAAGAGAGGCUUUAUUACUGCCACUUUUAGUGAGUUUGGUACACAUCCGGUGGAUAGAGAGCCGUUUAUUAUGUUCAACAUAGGAGGGCCAAGCACAGGAAGCAGCUCUUUCAGUAGUUUAGUUGGAAUAGGGUCCAGUAUGCAGCUUGAAGGUUUAGAGGCCAUGAUUAUUUUCAUCAUUGUGUCAAGAGAUAUAGUACUAAAACACUUGAGCGUCUCUCUUGAUCCUAGGUCCUGGAAGAGUUGUGCAGACUCAGGACAACUGAGCUUUGAAGGAAUACGCAGAUUUAAAGAGGAGUCUGUAAUUUGGUUUCUAAUAAUCAUAAUUUUUUCCUCAAAGAAGUUCAUGAAUUUAUCACUGCUAAAGUGAAAGUCAUCCUCUCUUGGGGAAUGCUGCUUUUUAGUUAGCUUUGCGACAGUAUCAAAAAGGAAUUUCGGAUUGUUCUUAUUUUCCUCAAUUAAGUUAGAAAAAUAGGAUGAUCGAGCAGCAGUAAGGGCUCUUCGCUACUGCACGGUACUGUCUUUCCAAGCUAGUCGGAAGACUUCCAGUGUGGUGUGGCGCCAUUUCCGUUCCAAUUUUCUGGAAGCUUGCUUCAGAGCUCGGGUAUUUUCAGUGUACCAGGGAGCUAGUUUCUUAUGAGAAAUGUUUUUAGUUUUUAGGGGUGCAACUGCAUCUAGGGUAUUGCGCAAGGUUAAAUUGAGUUCCUCAGUUAGGUGGUUAACUGAUUUUUGUCCUCUGGCGUCAUUGGGUAGACAGAGGGAAUCUGGAAGGACAUCAAGGAAUCUUUGUGUUGUCUGUGCAUUUAUAGCACGACUUUUGAUGUUCCUUGGUUGGGGUCUGAGCAGAUUAUUUGUUGCAAUUGCAAACGUAAUAAAAUGGUGGUCCGAUAGUCCAGGAUUAUGAGGAAAAACAUUAAGAUCCACAACAUUUAUUCCAUGGGACAAAACUAGGUCCAGCGUAUGACUGUGACAGUGAGUGGGUCCAGAGACAUGUUGGACAAAACCCACUGAGUCGAUGAUGGCUCCAAAAGCCAUCAUCACCUGUGUGUAAACGGAAGGCAGAUGCCACAAACGUGUUGUCACUGAAAAAUACUGUCAUCUGUGUUAAUACUGGUUAAAACAGUCUACAGUAAAUGUGUAUUUCCAUUUGUGAAAUAAUUUUGAUAUGAUAUGAAAGUAGAGGGAUUUAUGUUUCUAGAAUCAAUUUCUGUUUAGAUGCUGUUUUGGCUGCCAGAGCCAAUUUGCCCUUUAAACAGAACAUGUAAGGUCCUUGAACUAUAAGGAGUAACGCUAGCCUCCUUUGACCCAUUAUUGGGCAGCAUCUGCUGCUGUAUGUCUUACGUGAUGAAUACAUAUAGCCGAUCCGAAAUGGAGGUACAGAUCAAAUUAACCUCAAAAUACCAAUGAAACCCAGAGCCGUUGUUUUACCCUAACACCCUAGGGAUGAAUGCAUAACCUAAAUGGUAAGAGAAUCAUGAGGUUGAAAAAUAUUUGAAAGAUAUUAGGACUAAGAACAUUUUUCAAAAAGUUUCAUGGUCAGAAAGCAUUUUACUUUUCUACUGUAUUUUUAAUGGAAUUAAAAUUCAUAUUUUACUACA